AUGAAGUCCAUGAACCGCCAAGUUACGAAGUUCCUAAGGAAAGAUUCAGGCAGGGCUUCAGAUGUAGCAGUGUUGCUUAGUGAGUAUGAGGAAGCUGAUAGGGUGUUGACAAAGAUAAUUGAGUCCUCAAAAGCAUGGCGUGAUUCCUGGGUAUCAAUACUCACUUUUCAAAAAGAAAUGACCUCAACCUUUUCCGAAAUAUACAAUCCAAUCGUUGGCUCAAGUGAUGGACAUGGGCAGGAGCCUAAGAUAACACCACAGGAGCAGCUGGAUGGUACACGUAAACUUGAAGCGGCUUAUGCAGACUUGAGAUCUGAACUUCAGCAAGAAAUAGAGAUGAUAGAUUCUAGAAUAAUUUCGCCAGCUAUUUCUAUCAAAGAAUACAUGCAACCAUUAAAGAAAACAAUCAAGAAAAGAGAAAACAAGCGUCUAGAUUGGGAAAUGUACACUGAUCGCGUGAAUGGAUAUGCAAGAAAGAUGAGAAGGACGGACAGCGAUAAUGCUGCUCUAGCAAAAGCCGAGCAAAAUAUGGCUCAUGCUGCUAAUGCCUUCCAAGUUAUAGACGAUCACCUUCGAGAGAUCCUCCCUCCAAUCAUAUCUGCCGCAUUCUCUAUUCUCCCGCACCUUCUCGGAGCACAAAUACUCAUCCAACAUGCCUUACUAGCUCUAUAUUACACAGCUCUUCAAAACUAUUGUGAUGAAACAAACUUCCUUGAACAAUCGUCACCCACAGAAGAUGUAUCAACAGUCUGGCGGACAAAGUUUAACUUUGCACUGGAAAAAACUAAGCCUCUGAAAUGUAUAGGAAGGGGUAGAUCCGCAAAUUAUCCAAAAGAUGUGACGAAGAAAGAUCCCGGAUCUUCCAUGGUCAAGAGUCCUUUUACAAGUGUUAAGAUUCAACGACCGAGUCAAAAUCUUGUAGCUAUAUCUCAGCAUGAAUCAACUUUGCAUGACGCACGAAUUCCUCGCAUCUCAUCACAUCAGUCCUUGACUACGGCCUCAUCCAAGUCUAGUAGGUGCCCUUCUAAUAAUGACUUACGUCAAAUUAUUCCCGUCAACAAUUCAUUACCACCUCAUUCGAUAUCAAAGUCGGGGUCUUUGGUCUCCGAAAUAAAAAAGAAGAAAAAGCCACCACCGCCACCACCCAAACGAAUUGGUCUGAAAAAUCCGGAAAUUUUUGCAACAGCUUUAUAUUCAUUCGAGGGACAAAAUGACGGUGACUUAAGUUUUAAUGAUGGUGACCAAAUUAAAAUUUUAAAAAAGACGAACAGUACAGAUGAUUGGUGGGUCGGUGAACUUCGGGGGAAGCAGGGCAGCAUUCCGGCAAAUUAUUUUAAGAUCUGCUAA